AUGAUGUCCGACAACGCGAAAAAUUUCGUCGGAGCUAAACAUCAGCUGACCGAACUUUAUGUCUGGUGGGCCUCCGAGAAUACGAGACAAGAAAUCGACGUCCAGAUGAACGUGGUGAAGCGGAGCAUCGAAUGGAGCUUCAUACCGCCGUCUGCCCAUCACUUUGGAGGAUUAUGGGAGGCGGCGGUAAAGUCACUGAAAUAUCACCUCACGCGGGUCCUGGAUCAUCAACCAUUAACUUUUGAGGAGUUGUGCACCGUGGCUAUCAAGACUGAAUCAAUUCUAAACUCACGCCCUCUCUACUCGAUUUCAUCCGAUCCCGACGAUUAUUCUAUGUUGACACCUGGACAUUUUUAG